AUGGUGCCGGAGAGGGAAUAUUCCGGCGGAAUAAUCAGUCAGCCUUGUUUCCCACAGUGCCUGGAUUGGAUAAUCGAAAAUCAGAACUCAGACGGGUCAUGGGGUUUGAACCCGGGUCAUCCAUCUCUUGUUAAAGACUCUCUUUCUUGCACGCUCGCAUGCUUGCUCGCCCUCCGCAAAUGGAACGUUGCCCACAAACAAAUCCAUAAAGGAUUGGAAUUUAUAAGAAAAAAUAGCUGGGCAGUUGUCGACAAGGAUCAGAUUUCUCCAAUUGGUUUCAAUAUUAUUUUCCCGACUAUGAUCACCUAUGCUAAUGAAAUUGAACUCACUCUUCCUUUUGACCAGGAUUUAAUUGAUUCUAUGUUUCAAAGUCAUGACUCACAAAUUAAGAGUGAAAGAGAUCACAUGAAUUUGGGAUAUGUGGCCGAAGGAAUUGGAGAGUGGUUGAAUUGGAGCACAUUAAUAUUGACACAACAAAGAAAUAAUGGUUCGCUUUACAAUUCGCCGGCCACCACUGCAGCUGCUCUAGUUCACCAUCAAGGCAACAAUAAAUGCUUCGACUAUUUACAAUCGUUCCUCAACACAUUCAAGAAUUGGGGUAAAUCCUAA